GACUUUCUUCGCCUUUUCCCUGGUUUCCUGCUCUGGUAUUUAUGGUAUCUCUCUGUAUCCCAGUUCUUAGUUUCUUAUUUGGAUAAUGAUUCUGAAAGGGGUGGGGGUAUUUGUCGCUGUGAACUUCUGUUGUUUUUGCCCAUUAAUGACUAUUUGUUUGCAAUGCAGCUGGUUCAACCUUUUAUUUCUGUGUUCUUGUCUUCUUUAAAAUUUAUAUGACAAAUUUAUAUGACAGCCUUGGAAAAGCUCCACUCCCUCAUGGGAACUAAGUUCAUGAUCCCCAUUAUUGGUGGGAAAGAACUAGACCUGCAUCGGCUUUUUGUGGAGGUUACUUCUCGUGGUGGGAUUGAGAAGAGGGUUGGUGUACUGCAAAUCAGGGCCUUACCAAAAGCUGUCAUAGCAGUGAUUGUUGUUGCUGCCCAUCAAGGAUUUAGUCUACAUCUAUGCCGGAAGAAUUUAGUCUACAUCUAAUCCCAAAAGAA